UUAAUUGCUGCGAAAAGGCGAGCGAGAGGAGCAGAGCAGUUUCCGUUAUCCAUUCUCUUUCUUCACCAUUUAUAUUUUUCUGUCAGAUAUUUUUAUUUUUUUCUUCGUCCAAAAAAAAUAAAAUUCGGAAAUUAGGGUUUUUGAUUUCAAUCAAAUUCGAGGUUUAUCUUCAAUCAUGGUGUCUGAUUCAACCAUCAAUGCUUCGAUUCCUAAUGUCUCCAAGGAUUUCGGCAAGAAAAAACGGGCGAAUAGGUCGGCGAAAUUGAAGCAGAGUAAGCUUGAUGCUCGCCGUGAACAGUGGCUUUCUCAAGUGAAGAACAAGAAUUGCAAGGAGGAAGUGAAUGUUCCUGUUGUUGAUGUUGGUGGUGGUGGUGGUAAAUUCAAUGGGCCGGCGAUUGAAACUCGGAAUAAGGCGGCGCAGUGCUGUAAGGAUUUAGAAGUGGUAAAUCCGGGAGUUGAGGAGAUCAGCCACCACUUUAGUGACUCAGAAUCGUCCCCGUCGAAUAGUCCGACGAGCAGCAUUUCUAGGGGAAAUGAUUCAGGGAUUACUUAUACUGGUAGCAGCAGCAGCAGCAGCUCGAGCUUCAGCAGCGGCAGGGGAUGCUUCUCAGGGAGUUUGACAGAAGAAGAGGAUGGUGAUGGUGGUGGUGGUUGUGAGGAUGAUGAGUGUUUGGAUGAUUGGGAGGCUGUUGCAGAUGCUUUGGUUGGUGCUUCUGAUGCUAAUCAAGGUCAUAACUCUAACUCUAAUCUUUCCCCUGGCCGAGAAACCACGGAUGGGUUGAAUUUUGAAGGUCAGCUGCCUAUCUGUGAGAAUGUGGAUGCUCAAUUGGAGAAAUCGAAGAGCGUUGGGGUUGGGAUAUUGGGCAGGGGUAGUGAGAAUUGCAAAGCUUGGAGACCGGAUGAUGCUUUUAGGCCUCAGAGUUUGCCCAAUUUGGCUAAACAGCAUAGUUUUCCGUCUGGUGCAGAGAGGCUUCAAGGAUUUGCAAACCCUUGGGUUCGUAACAACAUGACUCCUCGCGUGCCUACAUCGUGCCCUAUAUGCUGUGAGGAUUUGGACUUGACGGACUCCAGUUUUCUCCCUUGCCCGUGUGGGUUCCAUUUGUGCCUUUUUUGUCACAAGAGGAUUCUUGAGGAGGAUGCCCGUUGUCCUGGAUGCAGGAAGGAGUAUGCUUCAGAACCAGUAGAGAAGGAGGCCAGUGUGUCCGGUGGUAGUCUAACAAUUCGUUUGGCUCGCUCUUGUAGCAUGUCGUCUUCAAGGGUUUAGGAUAUAAAGUUGUCGUAUUUCUUUUGGGCUCAGCUUAUGUAUGGUGGAAUUCUCAGUUUUUACUUUGUGGUGUCUAUCAGUGUUGUGUUGAUCUAGCCUGAUUCUAGUUCGUAGAUGUGGGUAUAAAAGCUUGUGGUUUUAAGCACCGAGUUAUUGAGCUGGCUUGAAUAUAGAGAGUUUGGUCCUAAUCUGUGUGAUGCUUUUGCUGAUUGUAGAGGAAUUGAUGCUAGUAUGUGAAUAGAUAAGUGGUACAGAAAUUGAAUACAUUAAAGAUCAUUACAAUCUUGUCUGUUCUCUAUUUGUUUUUGUCUUUUAUGUUAGCAGCAAACUAUUUGAUCCUUGGAUUUGAUACUAGCUAUAUACUACGGAUACGUAUUUUGUUUCGUGCUGGAGAGAACUUGGUAUCUGUUUCAUCACAUUGAAAGAGAAUUUGAUGGAAGAAGCUGAGAUCCUUCUUUACUGCCUAGUAUGUUUACUUCUUAAUUCGCUUAAUUUUUUUUUUUUUUCUCUGUGGUUCCAUUUUAUGUUUGUUUAUGGAGUCUUUUUCGACUCUUUUUUACACCAUUUAUUUUUCAGUUUCACAUAUUCAUAAUUGAUAUUUUCAAAAUCUUGUCUUAGAAGCACAACUUAUGUAGGAGGCUGUGCUAUUUAUAGUGAGAGCUGUUAGUGCCCUCUGCUCGUUAAAUACUGGUUUGACUCCACAACGAGGUUGUUGGGGAUAUCGAAUUUGAUUGCCAUGAUCUGAAAGGCUGAUGAGGGGAAACUGACAUUGGAACCUUCUUUUUCAUUGUUUAAUUACUACUCAUAUAGUCGUAUCAAAUAGUGGUUAGUCCUGCAGGUGGUUAAGACAACAACCCAUAAAUCUUCCAUCUCUUAAAAUUUCUCUAGGCCGAGCUUUUGUGCUUGGGGCACCUUGGUUUAUUAUUUAACUUCCAACACAUUUUUUUUGGCUUAAUACUCAUUUAUGUGUUAUGCAACUUUCUCAGUUAAAUUUCUAGAGAACUUAAAUGGAACUUGCAGGAAAUGUUCGUUCAGCUUGAAGGAAAUUGCAUGUUUGCAUCUGGUUGGAAAAAUUAAGAGCACUUACAGAUGGUUUGGUGCUAUGGCUCAUAAGACAGGAACAAGAAACAGUACUGAUAUAGUGAAAAUUUCUUGCCUGUAACUAAUGUGUAUCACUGAUAUGUUGUAAAGUCUGUAUGGUAAAUUGAAAUUUAAUGGCUUUUGUGUGAUUGUGUGACAUUCAGGAUCUCUACGGUUUUGUACUGCAUCUGAUAGUGGCUCCUCAUCAGUUGUGAAAUAAUCAAAUAACUCAGACUGCUGUUGAGCAGCAUUAAUUUAAAGGAAGGCGGAAGCACAUCAUAAAAGGUCAAGAUGGUUCAGUUUAUAAAUCUGUGAAUAAGUGCAUUAAAAUUUUGAAGGAAUAUGGAAUUUUUUUGAUCCGGAUCCGAUACAAAUCUCUAAUCACAAAAAUCUGGAUCAAACAUCUAUUUUGGUUAUAUCUGAUGAUUUGGGUCUGAAAUCUGAAUAUUCGAAUAAUAAAAUCAAAUUUUGGAUUAAAAAAUCCGGUUAUCUGAAUUUUCUGACUUUUUUUACUUAGCCCUUAUGGAGUUAAUGGAAUAUGACGGUGUUAACUUUGGUUUUAUUGAUAAUUAAGGAGAUGUUCUUUCUUCUAUGAGAGCUAUCUUGGAGCUAUGGUUAGUAUCUUGCUUGUUUCUGGCUCAUUGUUGCUGAAGGUGGAUCCAAUUCUACUAAAGAAAAUAAAUCUUCUAUAGUUCUAUGUGUUUGGUGAAAUCAGUGUCCGCUGCUGCCGGAAGAAAUCAUUUUGGUGCCCUUGCUGUUUUUAUUGGCUAUUAUAGGUUAUUGAUUUAGGUAUGUAAUAUGCCAGGUCCAGGAUGCUGAUCGUUAUGUAGUGAGAUAGAGAAUUUGACCGAUGAAUUUCAAUGAUGUAAUUUAGAAUCAUCCAGGAUCUAUAAGACAGGAUCAAUUAUACAGCAUUCAGUCAUUCCUCUGAGUUUGCUUAUAUAAAUGACCAUGGAAUUUGUUUUUUUU